AGGACCAAAUUUGCAAUUGAGAAAAGGAAAUUGAGGUUCAGCUGAAUUAGCAAAUGGGAACUGAAAGUGAAGCAAUGGCAGAGCAGAACUCCAUGGAAGCACAGAACCUCGACCUCAAAUGCCUUCCAAAUCUUGACUCUCCUCCUUCCUCUGUUCCCUCUGAUGGUGCUGAUGAUGACGACACCGUGGCUCGACUCUCUGCCAUUCUCACAACCAACGCUGUCAACGACUUUUCCUUCAAAAGGGUGCCUUCCGAUUACUACGAUUGGCCCCUCGAAGCGCGACGGGACGUUCUUGAUGCUGCCUCUAUCGACCAUCUCUGCAAGAGCAUCGUUCUGGUAAAUACUCAAGCCCCAUCCCAUAUUGUUGAUUGCAGUGAUCGCAACAAUUCAAAAUACUAUAUUGUUGUUGUUCAGUAUACUGCCAAAUUUAAUGCUGAAACGAUUAGAAGCUUCCUGUAUUCACUCAAUGAUGGCAAGAUAGCAAAAAAGAAAUUCAACUUGAGACUUGCUCCAGAGGAGAUAUCUGCAAAACUAACUGGAUAUGAGCAUAAUGGAGUGACGUGCAUUGGCAUGAAAACGGAUAUUCCAGUGAUUUUGGAUGAAGCGAUUGUGAAACUAAAUCCUGAUUAUUUUUGGUUGGGCGGUGGAGAAACCGACCUGAAGUUGGGAAUCAGGACAUCGGAAUUCAUAAACUAUGUCAAACCCUUCAUUAUCAAGUGUAGUUAGAAGGACCCAUUUUCACCCUGUUCAAGCUCAACAACAAAUCAAACACAACAGACUAAUACUACAAGGAUCCAGGUUUUCAGUAUUUGAUGCUAUUUAAAUUCUUUCUACUUCUGAGUAUCAAUUGUUUUGUAUGCUCCAAAUGUGGAUGGAACCAAAAACAGAAAGAAAAGAAAAGGAAAUUAUUCAUCAUUCCUUAGAAAUGGGAUUCGGCUGUUUAACUUGUGUUACAAUCCAACCUUUAAAUGAACAUUAAUGAUUUUGAUUAAUGGACCACUUUCAAUUUUGAGGUGAUUA